AUGCACAACUCCCUCAACCGCCUGCAGACGGUCUUUGGCUUCUUCACCACCGUCGCAUUCACACUGGGCUGCCUCAUCGCCCUGACAGACCUCUGGGCCGAGCGGACGCCCACCGGCGUCAUCAAGGCCACAAACACACAAGUAGUCAAGGGCAGGCCCCAUUACUACUCGUCCAAGAAGGAGGAAUACGCCAUCAUCAAGUUCUCUCUCGACGCCGACCUCUCCUCCCUCUUCACGUGGAACACCAAGCAGCUCUUUGUCUACGUCACCGCCGAAUGGCCCGCGCCCGAGGUCGGCAUAAACGCCACCAAUGAGGCCGUCAUCUGGGACUCGAUCAUCACCAAUCCCAGCGCCGAUCACCUCGUCAACCUGGGACCCAUUGGCAAGAAGAAGCUAAAGGCGAGCGCUGGCGGCAAGAGCAUCGCGCCCGAAAGGGGCCUGCUGAAGCUCAAGAACCAGAAGCCAAAGUACCAGAUCUCCCACCCGAGCGGCAAGAUUGCGAGCGCAGAGGAUGUCACCCUCAAGGUGCACUACAACGUGCAGCCCUGGUUUGGGCUGUUGACAUGGAACACACAGUCGGACAUUGGCCGAUGGAAGUCGUUCGCGGGGGGCGUCAGUGACCAAUUCUCGUUGCCUGCCGUCAAGGUCAAGGAUGACAAGAAGCCGUAG